AUGGAAGGACAAAUUAAUAUAUUAAAAGACCUUCAACAAGUAAUUCAAAAAGCCUUUACUAAUUUUAAAAAGUGUCCAAAGGAUAGACUUACAGUAGAAUAUAUACAAACAAGGCUUGAAUUAUUAGAAAAUGAUUGGUCUUCGUUUAAAAAUACUAAAUCUCAACUUUAUGGUCGGUUUAAGUUAGAAGACAUAGGUCAAAAGGUUGUCGAUAUAUAUGACACAACCGAAGAUACUUACAUAUCAUGUAAAUGUUUAAUGAAAUCAACGUUAAAUAGUGUAAGAGAACCGCUACCACAAGACAGUGGAUGUAGUAAUAAUUCUUCUAAGCAAUCUAAUUCAUUUGUAAAGUUGCCCAAGAUAACAAUUCCUACCUUUUCUGGCAAGUACAGUGAAUGGACAUCUUUUCACGAUCUUUUUAUUUCACUUGUACACAAUAAUGCAUCUUUAGAUAAUGUGCAAAAACUGCACUAUCUUAAAAGCCACCUCACUGGUGAAGCCGAACAGUUGAUUAGGCACACACCAAUCACAGAUGCCAAUUACCGCGAAUGUUGGUCUCAGUUAGAAAAGCGUUAUGCAAAUAAAAAGUAUUUAACCAGUUGUAUUUUAAAAAGAUUGUUCGGCCAGAAACGCUUACAUGUGGAAUCGGCUAACUCAUUAAAGGAGCUGCUAGAUACCACGAGCGACUGUUUAAAUGCAUUGAAAAAUUUGAAAAUCGAUGUAAGUACAUGGGACGUUAUUGCUAUCCAUAUAGUGACGUUCAAAUUAGAUAAUGAAACACGAAAGCAGUGGGAGUUAAGUGUUUCUAAUGACUCCAGCAACGAGUUGCCCACCUUUGAGCAGUUUCGGAUAUUUAUUGAAAGUCGUUUUCGCGCUUUAGAAUGUAUAGAGCCGAGGAAGGCUGUGGCUCACCAGAUCAAUAAUAGUUCUCACGUUCUUAGUUCGAAAGCAAUGCUGGCCACAAAGUCGUCGAAUAGUCGUUGCGAAUUUUGCUCAGAACUUCACAAGCUCUGUUUUUGUAAGCAAUUUGCAAAACAGUCCAUAGAAAACAGACGAGAGUUCGUAGCAAAAAAUAAAAUAUGUUUUAAUUGUUUAGGCGGAAAUCAUACAGUUUAUGACUGUAAAAAGCAGAAUGUCUGUAGAGUUUGCAAAAAGCGCCACCAUUCCUUGCUGCACCCUAAUAGAGAACCUAACGCUGAGAAUAAAGGCCAAGAUUCUACAGUAAAGUCCACUAUCGACAACGCCAGUUCUUCAAAUAGUGACAAUCAGAUAGUUACAUGCUUAUCUACGGGCAAAGUCUUAAAACCCAGACAGGUUUUAUUAGCCACUGCAUUAAUAAAGGCAGAGUCCAAGAUAGGUGAAUUUCAAACAAUUCGAGCCCUACUUGAUCUAGGAUCACAAGCAUGUUUUAUAACAGAGGCCACUGUCCAAUUUCUUAGGCUUAAGAAAAUUCCAGUCCGAGGUCACGUUUCAGGUUUAGGAGAUAAUAAGUCAACCAUUGCUAAUUAUAUGGUAAAUUUAAUUAUUAAAUCCACUGUUGAUCUUGAUUUUCAACUUCAAAUAAAUGCUUACGUCUUGAGUAAGAUUACAUCAUACUUACCUGAGAGAAGUGUGAAUACCAGUUCAUUGGAUUGGAUUGAUAUCAACGGUCUUUGUUUGGCAGAUCCUUAUUUCAAAACACCUAAUAAAAUAGACAUUCUUUUGGGUGCAGAUGCUUACUGUUGCAUUAUGAAGGAAGGUGUAGUAAAGAGUCCGUCUGGUACUCUAAUAGCGCAGAACACCACCUUAGGGUGGAUCCUUUCCGGUGUAGUCAGUUCAAGCAAUGAGAGUUCAAAACACCACACAAGAAAUUUAAGUGUGCACUGUACACAGUUCAAUGAAGACAAUAUUCUAAAGAAAUUCUGGGAGAUAGAAGAACAAGUGAGUACAAGGAAAUUACUUAACCCAGAAGAGCAAAAAUGUGAAGAAUUUUAUAUGAAAACUACUAAGAGGGAUGAUACAGGCAGAUACAUUGUACGUUUACCAUUUCGAGACGAAGAUCCUGCAUGCAAGGCCGGAAGUUCCCGUGACAUAGCUGAAACAAGAGUCAAAUCGUUAGAAAAAAGAUUAAAUAAGGACACAUAUUUAAAGGAAAAAUAUACAGAGGUAAUUAAUGAAUACUUACAAUUAGGACACAUGAGACCUGUAAAGGAAGAGGAUAAUAAGAAAGAUGAAGCAGUUUACUUACCACACCACGCGGUGAUUAGAAACGAUAAGACCACCACGAAGGUACGUGUAGUUUUCAACGAAUCUGAGAAAAAUAAAAAAGGAGUUUCACUCAAUGACACUUUAAUGGUUGGACCAACGCUGCAAGCAGACUUAAGACACACCAUUCUUAGAUGGAGAGUACACGCUAUUGGUAUUGUGGCGGAUAUAAUCAAAAUGUACCGCCAAGUCAGAAUAGCGGAUGAAGAUGCUGUCUUCCAGAGGAUACUUUGGCGAGAAAGCCCUGAAAAGCCACUUAGGGAUUAUGAGUUGGUAACGGUGACCUUUGGAACAGCUUCUGCACCAUAUCAGGCAGUUAGGUCACUCCAUCAGGUUGCGUACGACGAAGGAGAUAAGUACCCGCUUGCAGCAAAUAGAGUUUUAAACUCUUUUUAUAUGGACGAUUUAAUGAUGGGAAGUAAUAGCGUCGAAGAGGGCGUUGAAAUCUGUAAACAGAUGGUAGCAUUAUUAGGAAAGGGAGGAUUCGCAUUGCAGAAGUGGAACAGUAACAAUCGGCAACUAUUAGAUAGAAUAAGUUCAAUAUAUACAAAUGAAGUAGUACAGCAAACAGGUCAAAUAAAAAUUAAAAAUGAGAACACUGAAAAUAAGGACAAAGAGGACAUAGGAGUUAAAGAUAAUAAGGAAAUAGAAAUUAAGCUAGAUAGUACAAUAAAAAUUUUGGGACUUACCUGGAACCGCCACGAAGAUUGCUUUCAGUACUCGGUAAAUCUUCCACCGCUGACGACAGCACCUGUAACAAAAAGACUAAUAAUAUCAGAUAUAGCUCGUUUGUUCGACCCAUUGGGAUGGUUAGCUCCUAGUGUCGUAUUAGCAAAGAUGUUCAUACAAAAAUUAUGGCUCUUAGGUGUUUGUUGGGAUGAGGAAUUAACUACCGAAGUAAUAACAGAGUGGAGUACUUACCGCGAAGAGUUGUCAUUACUAACCAAAGUUCAGGUACCUCGUUGGCUUGGUACUAGUUCAUCUGAUGACCUUGAAUUGCACGGUUUUAGUGACGCCUCUAAAGCAGCGUACUCAGCCGUCGUUUACUUAAGAACAAUUGAUGUCUCAGGCAAAAUUCAUCUGUCGUUGUUAGUGGCUAAAACGAGAGUAGCUCCCAUCAAACAAAUUAGUAUUCCUCGAUUGGAGCUAUGUGGUGCUGUACUUGUAUCAAAGUUAUUGAUAGAGACAGCAGAGAUUUUAAAUAUUUCAAAGGAAAAGAUCUUUGCAUGGACAGAUUCUACAGUAGUGCUAUCGUGGCUUAAUAGUCACCCUAGCAGGUGGAAAACGUUUGUUGCCAACAGGACUUCAGAAAUUUUGGGCGCUUUGAAUUCAUCUCAAUGGUUUCAUGUGCCGACCAAAGAGAACCCAGCUGACUGCGCAUCAAGAGGAAUACUACCCAGUUCAUUAGUCGGUAAUGAGUUAUGGUUUUCAGGACCAUCAUUUCUGAAAAAUAAAUUAAUUGAGUACAAGAGGCCAAAGAAUCUAAAGACAGAUUUAGAACAAACUAUAAAGGCGCACACAGCUGUAGUUCCAGAGCACGUAGUUUUCGAAAAUUAUUCCAGUCUAAGAAAAUUAGUUAAAGUUAUUGCGUAUUGUCGAAGAGUUUUAAAAAAGGAAAAACACGAUAGUAAAUAUUUGAAAGAUCACGAAAUAGAAGCAGCAUUACAAACUUGUAUAAGGAAAUCACAAAUAGAUUCAUUCACAACAGAAUAUGAACAAUUAAAGGAAAAAGGGUAUUUGAAUAUAAAAUCAAGUAAAUUGAAAUCACUUUGUCCUUUUCUCGACAAGAAUGGUAUCAUGCGAAUUCGUGGACGACUUGAAAAGUCUGAACUAGAUGAGCAAGUAAAACAUCCGAUAGUUCUACCACAUUCAUGCCAUUUGACUCUUCUUAUAGUUGCAGACGCGCAUGAGAAGACAUUGCAUGGUGGUCCUCAGUUAAUGGCAAACUAUUUAAGGUCAGCCUUUUGGGUAAUAGGUGCUAGAUCUCUAGUUCAACAAUAUGUUCGCAAGUGUGUAACUUGUGCGAAACAGAGAGCUAGUGUUAGAAACCAACUGAUGGGUGCGCUCCCAUCGGUUCGAUGUACACCAGCAAGACCAUUUUUAUAUAGCGGAGUGGAUUAUGCUGGACCCAUAAGUAUAAGAACCACUAAAGGACGUGGGCAUCGUUCUUAUAAGGGCUACAUAUGCCUUUUCGUUUGCAUGUCCACUCGUGCUAUUCACCUAGAGGUCGUCAGUGACAUGAGCACACAGGCAUUUUUUGCCGCUUUUCGACGUUUUGUGUCGCGACGAGGUCACUGUGCUAAAUUGUGGAGCGGCAACGGCUCCAACUUUGUAGGCGCCUCCAGAGAACUGCAACAGUUGGCAUCUAUUCAGCCAGCCAUAGCAGAAUAUCUGGAAGCAAACAACACCGAGUGGCAUUUUAUUCCGCCUCAUGCUCCCAAUUUCGGUGGUCUUUGGGAAGCGGGUGUAAAAUCCACCAAAUUUCACCUUAAAAGGGUUAUUGGCGACUCUACCCUAACGUACGAGGAAAUGACUACAUUCCUCAAUCAAGUGGAAGCCUGUCUGAAUUCGCGGCCGAUAAGCGUUAUUAACUUUACUGAUCCUGGUGAGCCCCUCCCUUUAACUCCUGGACAUUUUUUAAUAGGAGAACCGAUAAUUAAUGUACCAGAUAAAAAUUACAAAAGUUCAAACGUAAGCUAUUUAACUAGGUGGCAAUUUGUGCAAAGGAUGCUGCAGUCUUUUUGGAAACGAUGGUCACAGGAAUAUCUGUCAAAGCUCAUGAAUAGGUACAAAUGGGCGUCACAAGUUCCGGAACCUAAUGUUGGUGACGUUGUUUUAAUUAAAGAAGAUGAUUUGCCUCCAAGUCGUUGGUUAUUGGGUAGAGCUAUAGAGAAACACCCCGGUGAUGAUAACGUUACCCGUGUAGUCACAUUGCGUACGAAAACAUCCGUAAUUAAGAGGCCAACAUCAAAAUUAUGUAUUCUGCCUAUCUCGGAUCCAUGA